AAAGCAAUCAUAAUACAAUAACGCAAUUAAAAUCUCUCUUCAAAAAAUGUAUAUGAUUUAUCAUUCCUUAUUUUUAUUAUUUCUGCUUUUUUAUAUAUUUAUAAAUCUUUUUAGAGUCUGCAUGCUCCUUAUGUCCCUAAGUCCGUUGUUGCUGCUUCUUUUAGUAUGCAGUGGCCCUUGUGAACUGUGGCCCUUUAAGAUCUCCAAAAUCUUUAGAUCAUUUUCAUAUUUGUGCAGCACUGUUAGUUUCACGAGAUGGCACAUUAUCUUUCUCACUGCAGUUGGCUCUCCAAAUAAUUCUGCUUGUGUUUCAUGAAUAAGGCCAAUUGUUUUAUCACUGAUUUAGAAAAGUGUAGACUGUAGUGUAUUUUUGACACUGAUGUAACCAGUGAGACAAACAUAGUGUUAAUGAGACACAGACUGUUAUUAUCACUUUAAUACUGAUGUCACAUUUUGUCUAUUUUGAUUAGUAUUUCCAUACAGUGAAUUAAAUUUGCAAUUUAUACCACCCCCUUCUCAAAAUAAACAUCACUUCCUCGAAACUUGUUUGUGAUCUUUAUCUGACAGAUACAACAGAGCCAGUGUUUGUCAUUCAUGCUCAUGGGCGCCCCCUAUUAUUACUCAUAUUUGGUGUCUUAAUAAUCUGACAAAUAUGACAUUUCAAGUCACAGAGUCUGUGAGGUGAAGCGUUCAAAAUGUGCAGUGUUCGGUGCACAAGAGCUGGGGAAACACUAGAAUCGAGAACAGCAAGAUAUAAUUGUUAGUUGUAUCCACAAACAGCAUGAUAAAGUAUUAGAAGCUAGUAUUUUGCAAUUUACUUAGCAGCUAAUGAUAAAAACACGCCAUGCCUAUAAGUCGAUUUUACGCUGAACCUUCCCGGAUAAACCUGUUGCCUAUAGAAAUCCACUAGAGGGCGUCCUGCUAUUGUUUCUGUUGUGGAUCAAGCCUUAUAACUGACAGUGAGUUGUUAUAAUGAUGAAAAUAAUUGCAGCCUACAGUCUUCAUUUUCAGUUCGGCAAUUCAGUAAAUGACGCAUGAAAUUCCACCAACUUAUUUCUUGUAACUACAGAUUUUCUUAGGCUAAACUACUUAAAACUCUUAGACAUUAUGGCAUAUCGGGCCUAGUUGUCUCAUGGGAAAUUUGUCACAGUAGCAUCCCAGUAGGCUAAUUAUAAGGUUUUUGGUCAAAAGUCGAAUCACACAAACAUGUGUUUUCUCUAGCAGUGGUUUUCAAAACCCUCCUAAACUAGAAUUUUAAACAAAUUCUGUCCUCCAAUCUACAAUUUCAGUGUCAUAUUUUAUAGCUGGCAUUUUUAGCUAUUGGGUAACAAGUGAUAAACCCACCACACAAUAAAACCCCACUGGCAAGCAUUCAAACAACUAUUUUUUAUAUAAAUGUUAGCCAUGAGCAAGAUGUCACAUGUUAUUUAAACAUGUUAAAUCCAAUUUAAUAUUGCAAUAGCUGUCGGAUAUUUUCUGUUACCUUUCACAUUUUUUAUUUCAAUUAUGUGAUGUUUUUAAUUCAGCUAUAAAGCCUAUAAUAAGCUGUUUAAUGGAAGGUUGAAUUGGAAAAAAAAACAUUAAUGAACAUCCAACUAAACAUUUUACUACAUCAUUCCUUCUUAAACAAUGCAGCACAAUUGAAUAAAACUUUUUUGUUAAUGGUACAUUUGACAAAGCUGUUAAUAUAGCUGUCUAUAACCAUGUUAAAUAAUAUCCACUUUUCUUCUAAAUCUCAUCAGCCCAGAAACAGCAGCUGGUUCCCUAGAGUAUCAUCAAAUUCUAAAGAUAAGAAUAUGAUUUCAAAUCUGGCUGUGUGCAGAAGUCUGUAAUAAUAAUUGCUUUUUCUCUCUCACUCUCCCUGUCCCUCACUCACUCACUCUCUCUCUCACUCCACCCCAUAGAGCAGGUUAAAAGGACGCGUCCAACAGUGUUAAACUUACUUUAUAUGUACAAACUGUCUUUAUUUUGAGAUGUUCCCAACUCUAAAAUCCAUAUGGAACUUGAAGAAUGGGAUUGUUCUUUUCUUCACACCUUUGAUUCUUCUUCCACUCCCAGUGGUCAUCAACACAAGGGAGGCCAGCUGUGCCUAUGUAAUCAUACUGAUGGCAGUAUACUGGUGUACUGAGGCUCUUCCUUUAGCUGUCACAUCACUGCUACCUGCUGUCCUCUUCCCCAUGUUUGGCAUCAUGCAGUCCAAAAUGGUGUGUAUGCAGUACCUGAAAGACACUAACAUGCUGUUUGUGGGUGGACUGAUGGUCGCUGUGGCAGUUGAACACUGGAACCUCCACAAACGUAUCGCCCUGAGAGUGCUGCUCAUUGUUGGGGUGCGCCCAGCGCUCCUGAUGCUGGGUUUCAUGGGGGUGACAGCUUUCCUCUCCAUGUGGAUCAGUAAUACGGCUACCACGGCCAUGAUGGUCCCCAUUGUGCAGGCUGUGCUGGAACAGCUGAACAAACAGGAGACAGAGCCUUCACAGAUGACCUGCAGUGAGGAGCGGCCCCAGGCCCCUGAGGCGGAGUACAAACAGACGGCAAAAGACAGAGACAGAGAAGUGGUGCUACGCAUUUUGGAUGUCUCAGCAGAGGCCAAGCAAAAGGAGUCAGCAGAAAAGCGGCUCAUGGCUAAAGGCAUGACUCUGUGUGUGUGCUAUGCUGCCAGCGUUGGAGGAACGGCCACACUCACAGGCACCGGACCCAACCUAGUACUUAAGGGCCAGAUGAAUCAAUUAUUUCCUGACAAUGGUGAUGUCAUCAACUUCGCCUCAUGGUUUGGGUUUGCGUUCCCCAACAUGAUCAUCAUGCUGACGAUAGCUUGGCUCUAUCUUCAGUUCGUUUUCAUGGGAUUCAACAUUAAGAAGACAUGGGGAUGUGGGGCGGUAAAAUCUGAGAAGGAAAUAGCUGCCUACAAUGUGAUCCGGGAACAGCAUCUUCUGCUGGGACCAAUGUGUUUUGGUGAACUCAGCGUUCUGGCUCUCUUCAGUUUGCUUGUGGCGUUGUGGUUUACUCGAGAUCCUGGAUUUGUGGCAGGCUGGGCAACACACACCUUCAACACUGAAGCAGAAUAUGUGACAGAUGCUACAGUUGCAGUCUUCAUUGCCAUGUUGCUCUUCAUUCUUCCAUCAAAACCACCGCGGCUUUGCUUCUGGUCAUCAACUAGCUCUGAAACAGAGCCUCAGCUAUCUUCAGCACCCCUGCUCUCCUGGAAAAUAGCUCAAAAGAAGUUACCCUGGAACAUAGUUUUGCUUCUAGGUGGAGGAUUUGCCCUGGCCAAAGGUAGUGAGGAGUCAGGUCUAUCCAGAUGGAUGGGAAACCAGUUAACUCCCCUACACAGUAUCCCUCCCUGGGCCAUUGUUAUCAUCCUGUGCCUCUUGAUUGCUGUUUUCACUGAAUGCACCAGCAAUGUGGCCACAGCAACCCUUUUCCUACCUGUUCUUGCUACAAUGUCUCAAUCUGUUGGAAUCAACCCUCUGUACGUCAUGGUGCCAUGCACACUCAGCGCUUCAUUCGCGUUCAUGUUACCUGUGGCAACUCCUCCAAAUGCUAUAGUCUUUUCUUACGGAUACCUCAAGGUUUCAGACAUGGCAAAAACUGGCAUGAUGAUGAACAUCAUAGGGAUUUUAUGCAUCACCUUAGCCAUCAACACCUGGGGCAAGGCCAUGUUCAACCUAGGUUCUUUCCCUGCAUGGGCCAACCAAACAGUAAUAUGAUGGACAGUACGAGGCCAAAUGCAAACCAGCAAGCUGCUCGUUUUCUUCCCAUUAUUCUCAUAAACUUCAUGGAUCAAAGCUGUAGCACAGAGAAACUGGAAUUUGCCAUGUCUUGCAGGAUUAUUUUGCACAUUCAUAACCUCUUUCACUUAAGGGUCUGACUAACUAAGCAGCAACAUAUGCUAUGUUCAAAAAUUUGGGGUCAGUAAGAUGUUUUGAAAGAAGUCUCUUAUGCUGACCAAAACUGCAUUUAUUUUAUUAAAAAUACAAUAAGAACAAAAAUAUUGAGAAAUAUUAUUAUAAAUUAAAAUAAUUUAGUUUUUAAAAUAUUUUAAAAUGUUUGUGUGUGUGUGUGUGUGUGUGUGUGUGUGUGUGAUGGGAAAGCUGAUUUUUUUAGCAGCCAAUACUCUAGUCUUUGUCUCCUUUCUGAAUGAAAGCAUUAUUAAAAAAAAAAAAAAAAACCCUCUUACUGACCUCAAACACUUUUGAACAGUAGUAUACAUGAUCAUCACAUUUUGAGUUGACAAAAGUUUAUCUAACAAAUAUAUAGUGACUCAAAAUAAGAAAGCAGAGAACGAACAAGAAGUGGAACCAAUUAUUUUAUACAUUUAUGUAUUUUCAAGCAUGUCUUUCACACAAUGUUUAGAUGACGUGCUAAUCUGUCAAUCUGACAAGCAAUCCUUUCCUUAGCUAAAUAAUAAGCCAGCAUAGUUAAUACUAAUUAUAAUUCACCAUUUGAAUUUCUCUGGGAUAAAUGUGCCUGAAAUAUGAAAGCCUCACCUAACUGCCUUAAAUCUCAGGGCACUGAACUGGAAAAACACAUCGGGCAAUUUCCUACAUUAAAUGAAGCAAAUACCUCAUGAUUUUGACACAUCAUAGUUCAUAACAGGUGUACUGAAUAUGUUUUGGACAUUUAUAAAUUUGGGCAAUCAGACUAUUAAAAUCUCUCUAUGUUGUUGUUAUUUAACAGCGUUUACAGUAUGUAAAAUAUGCAACUUCAAUACUGUGUGUACAUCUAUCGUUCAAAAUUUUAUAAUUCCACUGAAUCCACCAAUCAGUGAUUACUGUACCUAUAGCAUAAAAAUGACUUGAAUAUUUGUAAAAUUAAAAUACCACACAAUUGUAAAGCAUAUGACCUUAGUUUGAAUGAGGGAUGGUCUUCCAGAGUUUAAUGCACCUAAAACUGUAUCUUCCAGUGUGAUGUGUGAGUUCAUUGAUACACUGUAUCUCAUUUUGUUUGAAUGAAUACUGCAAUGCUUACUGAAUCUUUCUUUUGGAAUUUUGGAGAAAUUAUAAGAAUAAAUCUGUUUAUGAAAAUAAAGCACUUAUAGGGCAUGACUGUAAAGGAAAUUUGUCCUCAAACUGCUGUUCUGUUAUGUUAAAGAGAUAAAUCUGAAUAAAAUCCAUAUCUUUCCCUACAACGUUAUGCUUGUUGUUGAUCCUAAAUGUCACAUUCCUUUCAAUGUCUUGUAUACAGACGUGGACAAAAUUGUUGGUACCCUUGAUAAAUAUGAUCAAAGAUGACUGUAAAAAUAAAUCUGCAUUGUUUAUCCUUUUGAUCUUUAAUUCAUAAAAUUAGCAAAAA